UCAACAUGGCACAACUACAAGUGAAUACUGCGUCACGCUCCAGAACUGUUGCCCUAUCCAUUUUCCCUUUAAAAAUGUUGUGGGCCACAAUCUUCUUGCAAAUGCAAGAAUGGUCGCGUAGUUUACACUCUAGGACGGAUCCUCUUGUAGGCUUUUUUACAACACCGCAUGGUUUUAUGCCUCCUGGAGGUGUGAGUGCUGCGCGUCGCGGGAGGGGGAGCAGGAGGAGCAGAAAAAGAAAAAAUAAAGACGAAAAGAAGCGUGGCGAAGGCGAAGCAGGCGCGCGAGGGAAACGACAGUGGGUCCCGGUCGAGACAAGAAGACUGAUGGAGGACAUUGAGCUUCAAGCGCUAAGAAGCUGGUAUGUUAAAACAGUUUUAAUACCUGCGGAAGGGGACGAUCUUCAAGGUCAACAACUACACCGCCAGCAACAUCAGCCUGGUGUUGUUGAGGAGAGCAUCAAGGAGUUUGAGACGCGCGCGUUUUUGGUCUACAAGCGCAUGAUGCCGGCCGCGGUCCUAGUGAGGAAGGGGAACCUCGUCUGGCCGGAGUUAAUGAAAUCCCCCCGCUCGGACAAGAUCGACUUCGACAUCGAAGGAUCCUACUGCCCCCCAAAAGAAAUCAAAGCCAUGUUAGCAGACGUUAAACGCACGAUGUGGCAUGAGGAAUUCGCGAAAGAACAAGACUUCCGGCGUUUUUUUGUCGCCCCCCGUAAUCCUGCUGAGGAGAUGAAAUUGAAUUUGAAACAAGUGUACCAGGACUUGGUCAAGGUCGUCUUGCUGUCCGCGUGCUCCGAAUGGUAUUAUCGGCAGGUUUAUGCUGAGCAAGACACUACAGGUGAAGUAGAACACGCGGCGGUCGCACACGACCAGCAGGUCUUUGAAUUCUAUUCGCAAGCGGACGUCUACCUGGCAGAAACGGUCCUUUGGGAUGCAUUGCUGGCUGGAGUUCGACGCACCCCCGUGCUGCAAGGAGUAAGAACACAGGAGGACCUCCAGCAAGACGCUCUGGUGAUGCUACUUGUGGGCAGCCUCGAGGCAGUAGAGAAAUACCUCGCAUGGGCGUUGGGUAGAAAUCACGACAGCGGCGUCGACGGGCACAGGCACUGGGCUGCUUCUGCUCCUGGUCCUGCUCCACUUCUGCCGCCGCUGGUCGUGAAACACGAGGGUGAGAAGGUACUUCGAAGGGAACUAGAAGCAAGGGGUGAAAAGUUGAUCAAUGAAAAAUGGCGGACGGUGCUGUCGCGAAAACUGCCGAGAGAGUAUCUCGAGGAGAUGGGGAAACUUUUUCAAGAAGCCUUCGACGAGUACGACAGCACUAUCGAUCACUCCGAUGCUGCUUUGGAAACGUUUUGGGAAGUUCAAUGGCGCGGGUUUGUGCAAUCGCAGGUCUUUAGCUUCGUGGAUCCCAAGAAGCUCAUUGGAUCCGGGCUUCUCAACAAGAUUCUGCAGCACGUGCAGAAAACCCAGAACCCAGUGUUGGUGUCCGUUGCCCUGGCACUGAGCUUGGCUCCCCAUGUGCAGCUGGACAGGACGCCACCUGGUUUCGAUGUAUCUGAUCCACCACCUACAAUGGCCAUUUAUAACUGGAACAGAAUGCCGACGCGAGCCAGCUUUGCGCAUAUGACCGAAAGGAAAUUGAAAACGGAAGUCGUUCCCGCUUUGGAAGGGUAUGUUUCCCGCUUUCUCACAGGUGUUGAAAAUCAUGGCAUCCAUGCGCGGCCGGAGCACGGCGCUAGCAGUGCAGUGCAAAAGUUUGUGAAGAGGAUCCUGGAGAAGGUGGACAGGAUGAUGAAGAAAGACGAGCUCCGAGCCGAGUUGUUUGAGGCUUUUAAGGCUGGUGGUAAUGGUGCUCCGCGCGAGUGGUUAGCACGAGCUGAUUUGUUGCGGUUCGCGUUGUAGUUCUCAAAGCUAUAAAAUCCACGCGCAGCAUCGGCCUGCAGCACCUCUAUCCCAGUGCGCAAUUUUGUGCAGAGCCUGCAAGCGGGAGAACGAUCACGCAGACGCACUAAAGCAAUGCGCACUUCUACAGAGCCCCCCUUUCAUGAUAUGUUUGUAUGAGCUUUAUUAAGUAAUUUAUGCGAACGAAAAGACAGCAGGCAGAAUUAUUUCUCAUGCGGCGAAGCUCUUACACCGCAUUAUGCUGUUUUGUGUGCACGGGAGUCACAGUGGCGUUGGCGUACGAAAGAAACAGCCGCAGCUCCCAACAAGCCACGAGGGCAUCGCGAAAUUUUAUCUGACAGUUUUAUAUCAAAUGCAAAAAUGUCUGGGUCAGGAAGAUUGCGAGAUUUGUCAUGCACAUUUUGCAUGACUCCUGAUGUCUGUGAUGCAUGCCCUAGGAUCAGAAAUUUUUUGAGGGCUUUCUGAUGCGUAUCCUGAAUGACAAAUGCCCUCUCCGUGUAGCACAAAAUCGAAUCCUCUAGCUAGUCAUGCAACACAGAUUCUCUUAGAAUCCGAAGACAGCAUCAGAAGUUGCAUCCUUCCAGACCCAGACAUUUUUACAAUCCAUAUUUUAAACGAACUCGAGCUCCGAGCUGUAGCUUGAAACUCCGAGCUGGCAACUUGAAACUCCGAGAUGCAGCUUGAAACGUAAAUGAUGAUGAUGAUGAUGAUGACAACGUACCUCUACCUGGUAGGCACGCAACAGCAUCUGCUAGAGGGCAAGAUGCGUGAUGUGCGGCGCGUUGAGCUCGCAGCUGAGGCUGCUGCACGUCUAAAGACCGUGGCAUAAUUUAUCAAAAUGACGCUAGCAGCUUGAACCGCAUUGAUGCAGCCAUCAGGAACAGGGAAU